GAAUGUUGUUAAUUCAUUGUUUUAUUAUUGCACGUGUUGCUACCAUUCACUUGUCUCGUUAUCACGUUUUCAUUUGACUAGUCUUCCUUCGCCCACAAGUUGAACCAUGCCUGUUCAAGCUAAAAUUGGUCCAUCCAUCCUAAAUGCCGAUCUCGCCGACUUGGCUGCCCAGUCUCAACGUCUACUGGACAAUGGUGCGGACUAUUUACAUUUGGAUGUUAUGGAUGGUCAUUUUGUUCCGAAUUUGACUUUCGGUCAUUCCGUGGUCAAGUGUUUGCGCAACAAAAUUAAAGAUGCCUUCUUCGAAACCCAUAUGAUGGUGUCGAAACCCCAACAAUGGAUUGAGCCAAUGGCCGAUGCUGGUGUCAAUCUUUAUACAUUCCAUGUUGAACCAGUACAAGAUGAUAUCGAAUCAGUUUGCCGUAAAAUCCAAGAAGCUGGUAUGAAAGUGGGUUUGGCCAUUAAACCUGGUACAGGAGUCGAGGCUAUAUCGAAAUAUUUGGAUUUGGCUGAUGUGGCCUUGGUGAUGACAGUGGAGCCUGGUUUUGGUGGUCAGGCCUUUAUGGCCGACAUGAUGCCUAAGGUGGAAUGGCUAAGGCAGAAUUAUCCCAAUUUGGAUAUUGAAGUUGAUGGUGGCGUUGGACCCAAGACCAUUGACUGUUGUGCCAAGGCUGGUGCAAACAUGAUUGUCUCGGGCACAGCUGUUAUACAAGCCCCAGACCAGAAAGAAGUUAUAACUCUGCUCAAAUCGACAGUACAAAGUUAUAAUAAGUGAUAUCUUUCAUUUAAGAGACAUUAACACAUUCUAUAGAAUCUUUGAUAUAAUGGUACUUCACAGUUAUUCACAUUGUUGUGGCAUUUAUUUUUAUACAGCUGACAUUAAUUGGUUUCCUAUAGAUUUUUAAUAAAAAAAACACUUAAAAUUAAGAAACAAAAAUCUGUUAAUAAAUAUAACAAAUGUUAAAAACAGGAAAAA